UACAGGAAGGACAGACAGAAGAAGCUGUGCUUCCCGCCGGUGAGCGAGGUGAAGGACCUAAGCAGCGGCUGUGCCAUCGGCGCGCUCCUCCACUACUACUGCCCCGACCUGCCUCUGGAGGAGGUGUGUCUGAAGGAGUCCAUGUCGGUGGCUGACAGCCUCUACAACCUGCAGCUGAUCCGGGAGUUCUGUGAGCGCUGUCUCCGCAGCUGCUGCCACCUGGGGCUGGAGGACCUGCUGUACGCCCCACCCCAGCUACAGGUGAACAUCUUGAGCUUUCUGGCAGAGCUCUUAUGGUGGUUUGAGAUCCAAAAACCAGAGUUUGUUCAGCCCCUGCAGGCAAUGGAGUCAGCCGCUGGGCCAGGGAAAACUGAUGGUGGGACAUCCAGUGGCAACAGCUCUCCCUCCCUCUUCAAGAAGCCUUUCCUGCCCAUCUCCUCGCCCAUGUCACCUGUGCCAGAAGCCGCUGGAAGAUCGUGGACAAAGAAACCAAUCAGCCGUCCCAUGUCUGCCGUGUCCUUCAGCAUCCCGUUCGGUCUGGACAGCGACGUGGACGUGGUCAUGGGCAGCGCCAUCACCCGCUCGGUCAGCUCCGACAACCUGAACCCGGGCAGCAAGCGGGCGUCCUACACGCCGCCCGAGGACCUCACCCACAUGCUGGGCAAGGCGUCCGGCAACGCCAACGGCAACAACGGCUCGCACCGGGCCUCCUGGGCGUCGCCCACGCCCGCCGUGCCCCUGCUGGCCGAGGAGAACGGGCUGGACGAGCUGGAGGCGGACGCGGAGGCGGAGGAGGGCGAGCUGCCCACCAUCGAGGAGGCGCUGCAGAUCAUCCACAACCAGGGCAAGAUGGAGCCGCGGCUGCACCCGGACGGAGCGCCCGACGGCUUCUACCUGCACUCGCCCGACCACCCGGGCAACGCGCGCCACAACGGGAGCCCCUCGGGCACCGCCGCGCUCAGCUGCUCGGCCCCCGCGCGCUCGGGCGUCCUUCACCGGCCCCCGAGAGAGCCCGCGCUGACCGGUCCGCCGACGGCGGCGUCGUCGUCUUCGUCCCGCACCCGCCACACGUCGGAGGGCUCGCGCGACGACGACUCGGUGCUGCGCGACGGCAGCGUGGACUCGGACGCCUCGGAGGACCUGCCCAGGACCGCCCAGUCCACGCCGGCCACGCCUCUGUACAGGCAUCACCAGCAGCGGCCUGGCAGCGGGAGCAGCGGCGGCGGCGGAGACCAGACGCCCGACAGCGGCGUCCGCAUGACCAGCUUCGCCGAGCGGAAGAAGAAGAAGCUGCUGACCCCCGCGCCCCAGGAACCCGACGCCGCCGCCGACCGCUCCGACUCCUCCUCCGCCCCGACCCCGACUCCUCCUCCGCCCUCGUCCGGCUCCAACAUGACCACGUGGGCGGCCAAGAAGACGGAGGAGAGCCCCGCGAAGCCCCCGCCGCUGACCACCGAGAUGUCGGAGCUGGGCGCCCGGCUGGAGGAGAAGCGCAAGGCCAUCGAGGCGCAGAAGAAGCGCAUCGAGGCCAUCUUCGCCAAGCACCGGCAGCAGCUGGGCAAGAGCGCCUUCCUGCAGCUCAAGAAGGAGGGCGAGGGAGGAGGAGGAGGAGGAGGAGAGGACGGCGCCAAGGGGGAGGUCAGCGCCUCCUCCACGGAGGAGGACCUGAGCCGCCUGUCGUCCCGCGCCGAGCCGGAGGCGCAGAAGCCCCCGCAGCUCCCCCUGGUGGAGCAGGACGGUAACGCCAAAGCGCCACCGGGCGCUAAGGAGGGCGAGAAGGGCACGGCGCCGCUGGGCGACUACAACAACGCCGUCACCAAGCUGAACGCGGCGCUCACCUCGCUGCAGAGCGACAUGCAGCGGCUGGCCCAGCAGCAGAGCCAGCUGAUGCACAAGAAGCAGCAGCAGCAGGCGCCCCCUGGUGGAGGCGGCUCCCAGGCCUGGGUCAUCCCCCCGAGCCCCAGGUCCGCCCAGGCCCCUCCGCCGCCGUCGUCGUCCCGCGUCUCCCGCGAGGCCACCCGCGACCUCCCCUCGGCCUCGUCCUCCCCGUCGCCGUCCCGGAGGCUGACCGUGCACGCCACCCCGCCCAAGUCGCCCGCCGCCCACCGCCGGGCGCAGUCGGCGCCGCCCAAGAGCCCCAAGCACCACCACCAACACCACCACCACGCGCCGCGGCCCGCCGACCUGAAGGUGCCCGUGUCCACGCGCGUGAUCGUGGCGCCCCAGAGCGUGGACAACAUCCCGCACCUGCGCCGCGUCUCGCCCUGGCAGUGCCGCGACCAGAGCUCCUUGUCCUUCAACAUCGCUCAGCCGGCGUCCGGCGCCUUCCAGCCCCCCGACGCGUCCACCGCCACCGCCGCCUCCACCCCCUCCCGCGGGCCCACGCCCACCCCCUCCGUGCUCCACCUGCGCACGCCCUACGCCCUGGACCUGGACGACGACGAGGCGGCCUCGGACGCGGGCUCGGCGGUGGCGGACCUCGGCGGCGUCUUCAGCCUGGAGCUGGACGGCGCCUCCACGCCACUGGGCUCUGCCCGCCGGCGGGACCACGCGGCGCUCACGGGGGGCGGCAGCAGCUCGGGCGCGCCGUCCGAGUGCUCGUUCGAGAGCGACGUGCCCGCCGCCGCCUUCAACGGCAAGCGCAGCAGCCUGAUCGAGAUCUCGCUGUCGGCGCUGCAGGGGCUGGAGGACGAGGCGGACCAGGCCAACGACCCCUUCUCCGACUCCAUGAGCGACCAGACCGAGCCCGAGGUCAAGCCCGGGGUCGGCUUCUUCUACAAGCAGGAGGAGGCUCGUCCGGAGGAUGAGAUGGCCCAGCGCCGCGCCGCCCUGCUGGAGAAACAGCAGAAGAGAGCCGAGGAGAUGAAGAAGCGCAGACUGGAGCAGGAGAGAGAGAGGGAGGCCAGCCGGUCGGCGUCGGGAGACGAGCUCCGACCGCAGACGCCGAGCACCCCCCCUCCGCCGCGCAGCCCCUCGGCCGAGCGCACGCGGCAGCGGCGCGACGUGUUCACGCGGGAGGAGUACGAGCGGCGGCACCAGCUCAAGAUCAUGGAGGACCUGGGCAAGGUGCUGCGCCAGAAGCCCACCACCGUGCGCGGCGUCAAGAAGCAGCGGCCCAAGACCGUGUUCCACGACGACUCGGCCCUCUCCCGCAGCCCCGCCAAAGGCUUCCCGGGCUCCAGGUUGAACAAGGUCUACUCUCAUUCCACCAUGAACCUGUCCUCUAUGGCCAAUGACAGCGGCACACUGACAAUCAGGAAGUCUCCCAGUCGUUCCCACUCGCCGUCAAGGCUGAUGUCACCGGGUCGUCUGUCGACCCAUAACGGAGACCGGGACUGGGAGAACGCCUCCACCAUUUCAUCCCCUGCCUCCAUUCCAGAGUAUACAGGCCCCAAACUGUACAAGGAGCCCAGUUUCAAGUCCAACAAGUUCAUCAUCCACAACGCCAUCUCCCGCUGCUGCAUGGCAGGCAAGGUCAACGAACCCCAGAAAAACAAGAUAGUGGAGGAGAUGGAGAAGUGCAGCGCCAACCACUUCCUGAUUCUGUUCCGGGACAACAGCUGCCAGUUCCGGGCGGUCUACACCAUGAACCCGGAGACGGAGGAGAUGGUGCGGCUGACGGGCAUCGGCCCGCGCGUGGUCAGCCCGGCCAUGGUGGAGUCCAUCUUCAAGUACAGCUCCGACCGCAAGCAGUUCACCGCCAUCCCGUCCAAGACCAUGUCCAUGAGCGUGGACGCCUUCACCAUCCCCGGCCAUCUGUGGCAGAGCAAGCGCCCGGUCACCCCCAAGAAGCCCAGCACCCCCAAGUAAAGAUGCCCCCUCACCACCUGGGCUCCACCUCUGUUCAGCUCCGCCAGCGCCACGUUAAACACCACCUCAAAACCCCAAACCCCCACCCCAGCUCCCCAUCCUCUCUGACAUUCCCCAGAAGGUGGAUGUCUCUCUCUCUCUCUCUCUCUCUCUCUCUCUCUCUCUCUCUCUCUCUCUCUCUCUCUUUGUCUCGCUCACUCUCUCUCUCUCUCUCUCUCUCAGUGAGAAGGAGGAGGGUGUGCUCGUGCUGGUGAAGAGGUGGGAAGUGGGGAGGUUGGUUACCUGAAAACUCGAAGGAAAAAAAACUGUGUCUGUGCCCUGGCCUUUUUUUGUACACAGGCUACAGCACCCCCUGCUGCUUUGCUCAGGGCAUUGCAGGCCAGGCUCACUGAAGGACAGAAAAAUGCAGGCCUCACCACGCAUAUGUGGCCACACCCAAUGUAGGAACACCCAAAAAAAAUGAAGGCGAUGAAAUGAUUGUGCAGACGACAAAACAAAUGUCAAGAUGUCAAAUUGUUGAAUGAAAAAAAAAAAAAAAAGAAGUAGUAGUAAUUGUGUCCAGAUGUGUCCGGAAAUGGCCUUGGCUGGACUGGGCUGGACAAGGUCUCUGGUCUCUCCUGACUGAGUGUAAGGGCUUCGACAGGCCCAAGUUGCCACGUCUCCUCCUGUCUUAAUCUCCACAGCCUCCCCUCAGCAACUGGACGCUCGGAGUGGCGUCGGGCUGCGGUCCACUGGCACGGUCAGGCCAAGCGGAGGAGAUCAUCUCAUCGGUCACUUCUCUCUUAAAACCCCUUCCUCCCUCAUCUCUCUUUUUUAAUCCCACCGAUGGUGUUUUGCUCUGAUUCCCUCUCUGUGUCUCUUGUGUGUCUCUCUUGCUGCUUCUUGUUCCUCCGUUUUAAGCCUGUGGAAGAAGUCAGCUGAAGAAAAAGAGCGCUGCCAUCCACCACCACCACCACCACCACCACCAUCAUCUCCACCAUCUUGAAGUGACCCAUGGCACUGCUCUCUACUGAAUGUACUGUGGGGCUGUGUCCCAGCCUCCCACCCUUAACACUAACGCUAAACGCUAAAUGCUAAUCAACAGGCUUCUUCUGCGCUGAUGACUCCCCGUGUCCUCACUGGCCAGUCAGGAUGUGGGGAGAUACCACAGACAGCUCUUCCAAUGGGGGGGAAUUUACAGGUACUUUAGCCAUGCUGCUGUGCCUACAUAUCAGGAUAACAUGAAGGACCCAGACCCCCCCCCCCCCCCCUCUUGCUGCAGUCACCAAGUCCUCCACGAAGAUCCGACAUUGUGUCCAAUGAAGACAUUUGUGUGUGUGCGUGUGUGUGUGUCGUUUUUCUCUCUUUUUAUCUUCCCCUCUUUAUACAAACUGCACUUUUGACAUGUCGGUGUGACACAUGUCAAUCAUCCAAGCCUUGCUGGGCCUGAGGAGAGCAUAUCUGCAGGAGUCAGGUUCUGAAUCAUCUUCAUGUAUUCACAUGCCCUUUAUCAUCUUCAGAGUUCAGAGGUCGUUUCCCAUCAGAGAGAAACCACCCCAGGAUAUGUCUCCUAAUCAUAGUCAACGCUACUGGAAAAUUAGACCAAGCUUUGUACUCUUGUCAUUGACCUGACAUAGUGGCGUUGGUGGACUUGAAGCAAAACGACAAACAAAAUCAGAAGCAGAUCAACAAUGAUUUCAUAUUUACUCAUCUGAAUCCUGUUUAUUGAUGAUUCUUUUUGAUUUUGACAAUGAUUUGUAUAAAGUGAGGAGACUUUGUAAAGCUAUCAAGCUAGCCUGCUGUUUCAGCUCAAAAGGGUGUGUGUGGGUGUGCGAGUGUGUGGGUGAGUGAGUGUUUGAGGAAAAGGAGUGAGUGUGUGCAAGAAAGAGAAAGAAAGAGAGGGAGACCGAGCGAAAGAGAAAGAGAGAGACCAAGUGAAGGAACGAAUGAGUUGCUGUCGAGUCCAAAAGAAAAAAACUUGAUGAUCUUCCCUCUAUGUAGGGUGAAAUAAACCCUGUGCUGAGCGAACAAGCCUUGUCCUCCAUUUUGGGAAUCAAAUCUGCUCACCGUCACACACACACAUUUCUCAAAGGUACAUUAACAUGCAGAAAAUCAAUAAAUAAGUAGGCACAGGAUUGUUAAUCUGGCUCCUAGCUGGAGCCUUCACUUGACCAAGUUUGCUCUAUUGUUAUGUGUCUCACACUAGGCUGCUCUGUUUGUCCUCCUGGCUGUUGCCAUACUCUCGGGCAGUGUGUAAAAGAUCGCUUCCCAAGGUAUAUUACUCUAGAGCUGACCUGAUCUGCCCCUGCCCAAGGCUGUCUGUCGUGGUACCCUGUGGGCAGGGAACGGUCAGUAUUCGCCUGACUAUCACCCCUCUCCUCACGAGAGUAGAGCUGAUUCGGACACGAUUAUGUCCUGAGUGUCAGGAAUAAAAAAAAAAAUUAAAAAAAGAAGAAAACCCAGAAAUGAACACACUGCCUCCAACCACUUUGUUGUUUAUAGAAGCGACAGAUGUGAAAUAUUUUUCUAAAACACUAUUGUGCGAAAUGUCACCAUUUAAUGGUUUGGGAUGGGUGAGUUUGUAAAGUCAGAUGAACGGUGUGGAAUGAUUGCUCUGUGUGUGAGCGUGUGCGUGUGUGUGUGUGUGUGUGUGUGUGUGUGUGUGUGUGUGUGUGUGUGUGUGUUUGAGUGUACACAGUAUGUGUGUAACCACAUCAGAGUGUGAAGGUGAUUUAUAACUGGAUUCUGUGCAAUUUUCCUGUAGUGUGUGUCGUCACCCUGGGUUGUAUUUAUUGGGUAGGGAGUAGCAGAACAGAAGCUGUUUUAUUUGUAUGUUUAGUUUCAGAUCUUAUUUAUGUGCUGGUUUAGGUUCAUUCAUUUGUUCAUUUCACAUUUAUCAUCUCCCGACACCGCCAGUGUCUUCACUUCCUUUUAUGUUGUUGCCAUGUCAGUGUCUGUAGUGAUAUCUAUUUUUUGUUCAAAUUGUUCAUGAUUACAAAAAUUAUCCCAGGUGACUGGAUCAAAAGAAUAAAUAAUUUUUUAAUCACC